CAUAGUAUGAUAUAUCCCUGUUUCUUUCUCUGUUUCUGUUUCAUUCUCCUCAUCGUCUCCUCUGUCACUCUGACGGCCACCGCUCUCGUCGUUUCUCCGCCGUAUCUUAGGUAAUGGCUUUCUCCUCCGUAACAAAGCACUCUGCUUCUCUCGGUACAUUCCUCUACAACAGUAUGCGGAAUAGUGGUUGUGCCUCCCAAUCCCAAAGAUCAUGUGGCCUUGCGAAUGCUAUCUCUUCUGUAGGAACUGUUUCUGAUAUUGGCCUUCGACUCCUUCCAAAUUUAUCGUUUCAUGGUGUACGAGUCCAAUGCAUUAAUAUUGGAGGAGGAAAAGGGGAGAUUCCAGACAACAAGCACCUGCAGAUUGCUCUUCAGCACAUUCAUGGAAUUGGCCGCUCCAGAGCUCGCCAAAUUCUCAGCAAGCUCAGCAUUGAGAACAAACUCGCCAGGGAGUUAACAGGGAGAGAACUCUAUGCUCUCCGUGAGGAACUCAAUAACUACAUGUGCGCACAUGAAUUGAACAACCAAGUUACAAAGGAUAUAGCAAGAUUGAUGGAGAUUCAGUGCUAUAGAGGGAUAAGGCAUAGUCAGGGUUUGCCUUGUAGAGGACAGCGUACGCACACCAAUGCCCGGACCUGGAAGGGUAAGGCAAUUCCCGUUGCAGGAAAGAAGAAAGCUUAACAUGAGGGUUUCAUCCCAGUUUCUUGGGUUUUGACAUAUGAAUUAGCUUUGGAGUUCAAAUUUAGUUUUAGUUUUAGUGUUUUUUUUUAAAAAGACCUCCACUAAUAUUUUCAAGGUCUUUUAUUUGUUGCCUUAAAAAUUUAAGUUCCUUGGGACAUAUGAUUUGCUAUUUUUUAUGUCGUUGAUGAGUGGUAAUUUCUCUAGUGCUUUUUUCGUUGCUUCAGAAAUGGUUUA